AUGUCCGGUAAGCGAGCAAACGAAGCCCAUGGAGGAUUUGGAGUGUCUAAUGGCCCGAGCAGCAGCGCCAAAGGCCUUGAUCGAAUAGAGAAGAGGCCUAGUAAUGUUUGGAGCUUUCCUUGGUACAAUGUCGGCCCAUACACGACGUGGAGAAGAAGGCUCGGCUCAUGGAAACUUUCCUUUUUCAGCAUGAAGAAAACCCUACUCGAUCCCCAUAUAUACAUGUUUUUAGCCGCUGAGAAAGAGUCGAGGUUACAAGAGGAACCAGCAUUAAGAAGAUCAACUCGUGAGAGGAGAUCUGCUAUUUCUGAUGACUACAUGCCUUAUCUCAUAGAAUCUGGGGGAGGGAGCAUUAAAGACCCGGUUUCUUAUUCACAAGCCAUGAUAGAUGUUAAUUCUGAUAAAUGGAUUGAUGCCAGUAAUGAUGAAAUAGACUCAAUGGUUAAGAAUGAAGUUUGGGACAUUGUUCCAUUGCCUGAAGGACACAAAGCAGUUGGGUGCACUGCACUCUUGGCUAUGUGUAUCUCCUUGACGGAGGUGCCAUCUAAUGGAAAAGCCAGAAAGUCGCAGUUGAUUUACACAUCCACUAUCGAAGCUGAUUGUGCGGUGUGCGAAGAACGGAUUACACAACUUGGUGGCUCCUUGGGAAAAUUGCAUGGCGAAGUCGCCUCAAUCAAGGCUGGCUGCGAGAGCAUGUCAUCGCGACUUGGCGUUUUGGAGAAACAGAUGACAUCAAUUGCUGAAACUCUUUCACGCAUCGAAGCUAUUUCUUUCUCAGGUUGUGGUCAAGACAAAGGAAUCUCUUUGUCAUCACUUUCUCUACCUCAGGUACCUAGUGCUCUUCCUGUGACUGAUGGAACUACUAGAUGGAUAGGUUAUCGGAGAAUAUUUGGUGCUAUUGAGAAUCAAGAAAGUAUGUUAAAAAACGUGGAGAUGCCUGUGUUUGAUGGUCGUUUGCCGUAUGGUUGGAUCUCUAGAGUAGAAAGAUUUUUUCAAUUAGGUCACUAUGCAGAGAAAGAAAAGUUGGCAUUGGUUGCUCUGCAUCUAGAGGGAUCAGUGUUGAAUUGGUUUUACGGAGAGAUGGAGAAAGCACCAAUCUCUAACUGGUCACAAUUUAGGAACAGAUUUCUUGUUCGAUUUGCACCGGUCAUGAGUUGCUCUCCACCAGUAGUGCUGAUGACAAAGGAAUUAAUUCCAGUGAUUAGUCAAGAGGAAGAAACAAGAACAGAGACAAAACUGAUGCAGAGAAAGGAAUUAAUGGAUGGAUUGCCAUCACAAUUUGGAUAUUUUUUGGAUUAUAUGCACUCUAAUUUUGUCAGUGAUGAUCUGCCUCAAGAAGUAUACAUGUUACCAGUGAAAAACGAGCUGGAAUUGGCACUACAAUCAUCAUGUAUACCGACCAAACCUUGCCCAUACAAAUCAUUCGAAAACCUGCUGCUGAUGCUGUUACAAAGAGAGAAGCAACAAGGUAUGCAGAAAAAAAUUCCAAAGACAUGGAAAUUUAAGUAUAAAGGACGUACAAGGCAAAGAGACAAGACAGCUACUACACAACAAGUUGGGUACAACUUGGAACGUGAAAAGAAGGAUUCAAAGAUUCAAAGCAUUCUGGGACAGUGGAGAACAAAAGGAAGUCACAUUCCUAGUUUUCUGCAGUUUAUUAUGAUGAGAUCUUAUUGUUCUAUUGGUGGGAAAGACACAAAACUGCUAAUUAUAAGACUACUUCAACUCUCUUUCUUGCAUCAACAUGGGGCAGUGAUUCUUUGUAUGUUUCCAGGACUAGUUGAUUGGGUUAGUCUGAUUCAAGGAGAAGCUUUAACUUGA